GGUGUUGUCCUACGUAGGCGUGGUCCGUGUACGUGUAUGAGCUAGCUUCUGACGAUUUAUCUAGUCAAAAGACUCAAAUCUUGUUUUUGUCAUGUUGGUUGAUCGACAUAAAUUUUAGAAACUUUGGUCCAAUGCGACGAGCUAAGGGUUCUCCCGAAUGGGAUCAUCAUCAAUCUGCUCCAUCAAAUAAAUCAAGUGAAGAAGAAAACAUGCAUUAUGCAAGCGCAUCACGAGCGAGAGAGAGGGAUCGCAGAAGCCGAAGCUUCGGCAACCGAAGAGGCGUGUUUCGCUGCCUGUCAGGAUCCGCAGCGAAGGUUUUGAUUAUCAUUGCACUGGCGUUCGCCAUUUACAGUGUUGCCUCAAGCAGUGGGUACUUUGACAACAAAGCAGGUGAGAUGGUUCAAAGUCGUCAGGGCGUACAAAUGACCGUGGAGGAAAAUGAGGAAAUAUUGUUUGCCCAAGACAGAGGACAAAAUGGAGCACACAAAGGCAGAUUUCCUGCUGCUGAUGAUGAAAUUGAAAGCAGUGAUGAUGACAAUGAUGAUGGCUUUUCUGAGACUGAGGCCAUUGAAGAUGAACAAGAGCAAAAUAUCUUGAGAGAAACAGAUGAUGAACAACCUGAAAAGAGUUACGACAAUGUUUUCAAGUACCAUGUUUUGCAGACAUUAACAAAUACAGAUCGCCUUCCCCAUCUCAAAAAGAGAUUUGAAGUGUGUUUGAAAUCAAUUCUUGAGAAGACUUCAGUUGAUCUUCUCUUCUUUUUUGUGGUUGAUGGACCAAGUAAAACCUAUCUGGAAACAGCACUUCAAGAUAUCACAAAUCUACAGAUUUCAAAAUCUAAAUUUCAGUUCAUCUUCAUGGACAUUGAUGGUCUGGCCAAAGACCUGGCCCCAUUAGUUGAGAUGAUGCAGGAGCAGAUCCAAGGCAACCAUCCCUACUACAAGGACUCCAUCUUCUUCCUCUCCACCAUGCUCCACAAGGACCUCCUGCCGGAGUACGUCCAUCGGAUCAUCAUGCUAGACACCGACCUCAAGUUCAUGAGCGACAUCAAGGAACUCUUCGACCACUUUGACCGCUUCCGUGGCGAUAACAUCAUGGGCAUCGUCCAUGAGCAGCAACCGGUGUACCGUCACAUCUUCUCUCUGUACCGGUCGCAGAAUCCGGGUACCCGCGUCGGGGGUCCCCCUCCAGAUGGCCUCACAGGAUUCAACAGCGGGGUCCUUCUCCUGGACAUUGACAGGAUUCGGAAGAGUGGUCACUUUGAGGAGUACCUUCGUCCAGAAAAGGUGGUGGAGCUUCGGGACAAGUUCCAUUUUAAAGGUCACCUAGGUGAUCAAGAUUUCUACACAUUAAUCUCCAUGGAAAAGGAAGAUCUGUUUUACAAUCUUCCUUGCUCUUGGAAUAAACAGCUUUGCUCAUGGUGGAAAGAUAAGGGCUAUGCAAAUAUCUGGGACCAGUACUAUCUGUGCAAGGAAAAAAUAAAUAUUUACCAUGGUAACUGCAAUACUCCAAUACCUUUCUGAAACCAGACCAAAUUUUCAUUAGGGGCAACAAGCCCCUAUAAGCCCUUUAGGGAAGUUCACCUUGUCAAAAAUUUGGAUCUCGGCAACAAAAAGUGUCGACCCAUAGAGUAGAAAGGGUUAACAUUUACGAUGUACCUCUUCAAAAAUUUGAUAAGCAUUGGGAGUUUUCACGUCAUGAUAAACAAUAAAAGAAAACUUAUUUUUUUCUUUGAUUAUUAAGUUUUGUUUGGCCCUAAUUUUACGUUGUAGAAAUUUGUAUUCAUUUGGAUGAAAAAAUAAAAAGAUUUAUAAACCAAUGCAUAAUUUAAUGCCAUACUCCUUUUUAUCCCCCUUGGGCAAAACUGAUAAACUGAAAUAAUCCUAUACCAUUUACAUUUAUGUAAAGUAGACUGUCAGUGUACAUUUCAUGCAUUUUUGAAAUCUUGUAUUGUGCAAGAAACAAACUUUUAAUAUCACAUUUCAUUAUAAGCAAUAAUUCUCAAAUUCCAAUGAAUUGUAUAUUCUAUACGUUCUUCCUUGCUAUUGUAAAACAUACUCUGAGUAGACAAUUUUAGUUUUGUUUUCGUUGUCGGCUGUUUUUUCUACGAGGGAUAUCAAGCUUGGUGUUAGGUCGAGUUUUAGGUCAGCAUGACACAAAACAUAAUAGGUGUUCACUCGAUGAUGAGCUGUCAAUAGUGUGAUUUGACUCCUUUUUUUAACUAAGAAGAGGAGUUGGAGCUUAAUGUGAGAUGUCAGCGUGCUUAUGUUUUCUGUUGUUUUAGAAAACAGUUGCCUUUAUUCUUCCAACAUCAGCUGGCCUUUUUAAAAAUGAAUUUUGUACUUA